GAAGAAAAGCAGAAAUAUGAACCGCCAGAAAUUAAAGAAGUGCAGACAACGCCGUCUGAUGGACCAAUGGGUGGUCUCAUGGGAUCUUUUCCGGAAGGAAAACCUAAAGUAGCAAUACUACCAAUUUUUGAAAUACAAGAUGAGCCUCCUAACUCUUAUGAACCAGAGAAUGAUAUUGAAUAUCAAUUCCAUAAAAGCUUUGGAAACAGAAGUUUCUUCCCGGAUGAGCAUUCAGCAGAAGAAACCGAUAUCUCGGAUGAAAUGGCGUACAAAGAGAUUUCAAACGAUAUGAUGAAAUCCCACAAAAUCUUGCGCACAAAUCGUAUCCAUAACAUGCCAAACAAGAUCCACAAAAAGGAAUUUGAAUCUAACGACGUUGUGAUAAGUGAAGAAUUAAAACCAGAAAGAUAUGAGAUAUACAACAGUGUGGAACAAAACAUUGAUCCUUAUACAAGAAACGAAGAUGUUGUGGAUGAUAAAACAUUUCUUUCGAUCUUAGACCAUUUAGAAAAAGCCGUUCAGGACAUAGAAUUAGAAGGUGACGCACGAGAAAUAUUCGAUAUUAAAAUGAGAAAAAUAUACGAAUCUGGAUUAAAACUGAAAAACCAAAACGUGAAACACAAAACUGAUAUAACUUUUGAUAAAUUGACCCCAGCAGAAAGACAAGAGGUGAGAAAUUAUUUGCAACACAGAGUGAACUCACACAAUGGCUAUAAUCAUAUGCAAGAACGUCGUCAUUGGCCCAGAGACGGAAAAAUAAACACAGUUGAAGAAAAAGAUAUGAAUGUAAUGGACGACUACUACCCAGAACAAAAAGAAGUAGAAAGUGAAGAAGUUUAUACAGGAAUAGACGAUAAACUAAUCGAAAUUUUGAACAACAAGAAACAUAUAAAGAAUAACAAAUAUGAAUAUUAUGAUAGAAAUUACGGUACAGACGAAGAACAUUACACUGACAGGUUUGAUGAAAUCGAGGAUAAUACUCUGCCACCGCCUAGAAAACAAGAAAAUAUUAAUAGAUAUGAAAAGAAUCUUAAACAGCAAAAUAGUAUUCAAGAAAAUAUAGCACAUAAAAAGCAUACAAAGGCUGAUCAUGGUCAUAGUAAAAUGGAAGUUAUUAAGAAACUGAAUGAGGAACUACGAUUGAGGCAUCAUGGAGGGUCAAAACAAAAUAAGCAUUUGUAUGAUCACACUGCUAAAGCUGCUAUAAGGCCGACACACCACAAGAAUAUGAAGAAAAAGACUCGAAAAUUGCAUAAACCUCCGGCGUAUAGGCGAGUUAUUGAAAAGGAACAUAAACGUCCAACGGUGAACAAGAAUCAUAAACCUGCUAAGAAGAAAUCUCCGAAGCACAAAGAUAAAUACUACUUAUCUGAUAGAGCUAUGUUGUGAUUCAAAACAUAUUUUAUAUAAUUAUAAUGAAUAAAGGACAAAUAAGAAUAAUCUUUAACCAAUUGUACAAUUAAUGGUACUGUAUACUGCAAAGUACAUGUACAAUGGUAGUCACAUGCGCCUGACCACCACUAAGUUAAUGUUUGCUUUCACCUAAUGA